AUGUCUCCAAGGACCAGCAGUGACUCUGACCGAGUCUCUAUCUCACAGUCCAUGCAUACCUCCAUGGUUUCAGGGAUCUCAAAUAUGGCCUCAAGAUUAAUCCAGGAUGAUGAAAUGACGAGCCAUGACAACUCCUCGUUGUGCUCAAGUAUCCGUACAGCCCAUGGAAAUCCACAGGACAUGAAAGACUGGACAAUGAACCACCAAGAAUCCCUUGACCAGGCUAUCUCAAAACCAGACUCAUCCGAGGUGCAUAUGCUUUCUUUCUCGCUGUCUCAGCAGCUGAUGACCCCCACGGUCGGACCAAAUGAUGUUAUGUACCCAGGCGCGGACUUCCCAGCAGUCCCUGAUAUGAAUGACCAUGAAAUGUCCCGUGAUCUUUAUAACUCUUUCCUGGAUUUCUCUUCUGUUGAAAAUGAUGUCUGUGUCGGGAAUGGCACGCCGGAUGAUGCUCUUUCCAUCGGGCACAGCUCACACAGUACCGAGGACGGCCAUUAUAUCACAGGCCCAGAGUCGUGGACUCCAAUGAUGCAUGAUGCCCAUUACCCAGGAACCACUAUGGAACAAUACUCGUCGGGUCUUUUCCAGACCGUCCCGGUCUCUCCACCACUGACCGACGCUAGCAAUGAUAUGUCUGUUACUUCUUCUUGCUCACACCCUGGAUACACGUCAUUCAUGGCCCCCGAUGAUGCACUCCUCGGAGACUUCACCACAUCGCCCGUUGGAACAACCCAUGGACUCCACCCAGCGGAGCCCUUGUUCCCCAGCUCUUCUCUUAACGACAGGGACCUCAACAGGACCAUUAGACCCUCAAAGCAAUCCCGCCGUUCAGCAUUGCCGGCUGUUUCUCAGCACCAAGGAAAGACUGACCCCGAUUUCUUCCCAACACUCCCUGUGAGAGAACCAACGCGCCAGAGAUCUAAGGAAGGUGUUGAGGCUCGCAACCCGCGAGAGCACCAGUAUUAUUCCAUGUCUACCCACAGCGACGGAAAAUAUUACUGCCCAUUUGCCACUGGAGAGAAACCCUGCAACCACCCACCCACAACGCAAAAAUGCGCUUACCAGCAAGUCCUCCCCAAGUACCUGGAUUCCCAUCUGAAGCCAUAUCGCUGCAAGGUCCCCGCUUGCAUUGAUGCCCAGCUGCGAUUCUCUUCCAACGCAUGUCUGUUCCGCCACGAGCGUGAAGCCCACGGAUUACAUGGCCAUGGAGAUAACCCCCACCUCUGCCUGUGGGAGGGCUGUGAGCGCGCCGUCCCAGGAAAUGGAUUCCCAAGGAGAUGGAACCUCUACGACCACAUGCGUCGUGUGCAUGACUAUGCCACCUCCGAGCGCCACAGCUCCCCUGAGACCUCGCCUGGCGCUGGUCAGAUCAAGAAGAAGGAACCCACUGGCCGCAAGAGAAGAGUCACCGGUGCCACCCCAGCUCCCACCAUGAAGCGCACCCGCUCCGUUCACUCCCAGGCUAGCUCCAUCAAGGCCACCCAGACUACUGCCAGCCUUGGACAGCGCCUCCACAAUGCCGAGCAGAACUUCUUCAAGUGCCGCUCGCGUCUGCUGGAGGAGUUGGGUAACAUUUCCCCUCAGGAUACUAUCAUGCACGAGAAGGUCAGCGCCAGUUUCCAGGAGCUGUUCACCUUGGGUAUGAACUACCGUCAUAUUGAGGCCAGCCAGGCUGUUUCCCACAUGUCCAACGGACUGCCAUGA